AUGGACCCUGGAAGUGUUGGAACAAGUCUGCACUUCGAUGGCAGAGAAGUUCAGAAUCUCCAGGAACUGGAAUAUCAAAGAGAGGAAGAACAGCAACAAGAUGAACUCCGUCAAAUGUUGACCAAUGCUUUCGAUUUAAUGGAUGAAGAUAUUUUAUCGGAAACUUCUGAAGAAAACGAGAGUCACGAUGGUGGUAGCUUUCAAGGUGAUUCAUCUUUUAAUCAGGGACAUCAUGGAGACAAUGACAAACAUUCUGAAAAUCACAGAAAUGGUGCCUUAUAUUCACAAAAUGACCAGUUUCAGCACCAGGCAAAUCAACAAAAUUUUCACCCACUUGAUCCAUCCCAUUCUCAUCAGAAUGAAGUGAUUUCAGAAUAUCCACAACCUCACCAAGUUUUGAACAACAGAAACUUUCAACCAUUCUCUACCACAAAUUAUCAGCAGCAGUUUUCAUCACUCCCAUCCAAUAAUGUUGAUCCAAGAACCGAGCAGUUGGGCCAUGUUAGGAAUAAUCAUCCUGAAAUUGAGGCCAGAGAAUCCUACCCUAACAACAGACCAGCAGAUUAUUACACGCAGAAUAAUUAUGCAGAAAAUUUCAAUCACUACGCAGAAACCCCAGAACCUCAUCCUCAACCUGAUGCUGGAAAUGGUUACUUCACGGAAAAUCGUUAUAAUUUCGAAGGACGGAGUAGUUUAGACAUCUCCUAUCCGAAUCCAGUCACCCAACCACUAGAAGCUCCUGAAAACAAUCCACUUUAUGGCAGAACAAGCCAGGACUUUGAUCAACAAUAUCACAAUCAAUUCCAGCAAAGAAAUCUGGCAACAGAUCAUCAAGUUUUGAGACGCCAGAGUCAAAGUGUCGAAGAUUUCCACAACAUUCCAUCUCAUCAAUUUUCACGCACGAGUUUAGACCAAGAUCAUUAUAGACAUCAUCAAAACAAGGUACCUCAUCAUCAGUUCCAACAAGCUGGUCAAGACUUCCUUUCCCAUGAUCAUCCUCCACAUCCAAACCAGUUUCAGAAUUUUGACACACACCAAAACGGCUAUACCGAACCAACCAACCAGUACCAAGAUGUUCCACACAAGGUUCAAUACCACACUGACGAUGAUGACAGCUUACCCAAUAAGAGAAACGCUCCAGAACCUCAUGUACUAGAUUCAUAUUCAGACGAAAUCCAGCAAUUAAAAAUCCUGAACAAAGCUCGAGCUCAUGAAGCUGAAGAACUCGCUCACAAAUAUGAAACUUUGAAAACGGAAUCGGCACGCGAGAUGCGAAUAUUCAAACAUCAAAUGACUCUUUUAGAAGAAGAGAAAGAACGCUUAAAGAAAUUAAAUCGUCAACUUGAAGAAUCCACUAAAGGCGUGACAGAAGAAAAUAAUACUUUGAAAAUGAAUUUGGAAAAGCAAGAAAACGAAAGUAGAAGGCUAGCGGAAAUUCGCGAAGAUAUGGUUAAGAAAUUGACAGCUGCGGAAACCAGUAUUGAAAAUCUUAAUUACCAAAUCAUGGAUUUACAACUUUCAGAUUCCCAAAAUAAACAUCGACAGCAAAAUGAAAUGAUGAUCACAGGCCUUCAAGAAAAAUUUGAUCAAGAACGUCUAGUCUUGAACGAAAAACUAGAUAAAGCGUUUCAGGUCAUCUCUGAGAAGGAAGACGCCAUCGAUUCUCUGAAUAAGGAACUCCAGGAAGAAAGAAUGAAGGCAUCGCUCCUGGAAAAGAAUGAGAGCCUGCGAGGAGGUGGGGAACUUUAUAAAAGUCUGCAGCAAGAAGUUCAAGAGCUUAAAGAACAAAUCAAGCAUUCCAAAUCUGCUAGUCGUCUUGGGACAUUUUCCAAAUCUUCGGAACUCUUAGAGCAUGUUCAAGAUGAUUCCAUGGUGGACCUUGGCAUUAGAAAAACUCUUCAUUUUAAUAGCACACCUAAUAUUAGUCACCUAGAUGAUCAGCAUUCUGAAAAAAUCAUGGCCGAACUUCGACACGAGAUUGAAAGCAACCACUCCACUAUUAAAAAACUGCAGGAUUUAGUCGAAAGACUUCAGAGAGAUUUGACCAACGCCAACUGUCAUGUGGAAAUUUUACGCAAGACAUUGGAAUCGAGUGAAAAGACAAGGAAAGAUGGCGACGAAAUUGAAAAACGUUUACAAGAAAUGGUGGAAAACGAAGAGAAAUUAAUCACCAUUAACAACGACUUGAAUCAAAAAUUAGGGAAAUUGGAAGAAGAGACCAAAAAUAUGGUGACACAGUCAGAAUUGGACACAGCUUUACAAGAAUUGGACAAAAUUAAAGAAAUGUAUGUCACAGAAUGUGAGGAGAGAGAAAAACAAGAAAGACAACUCUGGACAGAAUAUGAAGACAAGUUAAAGACCACAAAGGAUUCUUUUACCGAGACUGAAAAAGAUCUUCAUAAGGAAAUUCAGAAUCUGCAAAUGAAAAUCAGCGCUAAAGAGGAAAUCAUUAAAGAGAUGGAAAUCAAGCAAUUGACUGCCAAAUAUUCCAAACCCAACGAUUCCAGCUUCGUUGAGAACCUGAAUUCUGGUCCAGAUGAGAAACUCCAAACCAAAACUGAAGCGAAGAGUCUACCAGGCUUGCCGAAAAACAAGCAUGAGAAAGCACCGAAAGACCCUGGAAGUGAUGAUAGUAAAGACAGUUCCUUAAAUAACAGCUUCUUGAAGAAUUUGACGUGUAAUUCGGAAAAGAGUUUUGAGAAGAGCGAUGACUCACGAAUGUCAUCUUGCAGCAAAUCCAGUAUGGCCGAACGAGCCAUGAAAGACAUAAAGAAACAACAUCAAAAUGAAAUCGAAUAUGUACGCAAUGUUUUAAUUGAAGAAAACAAAACCAUGUCAGUGGAAUUUCAUCAAAAAAUGUUGGAAAUGAGGGAGAGCCAUAAAAACUACAUCCAAAAAUUGAAACAGGAUUUCCGAAUGGAGAAGGAAGCCAUGGUAACGGAUUUUGAAAAGAAGCAGCAGAUCUAUUUAAACCACUCUAAACCAAACUCUCAACUUGUGGCCCAGCUUCAGUCCCAGUACUUAGAAACAUUGAACAAGAUAAAAUCUACAGUAUUAAAACACGUGAAGGACAGUAAUUUAAGGGCGGCAGAAAGAUUGAAGCACGAGUUGUGUACAGAAAGACGUUUAGAUAAGGCUCCGGUUGAUACCACACUCGAUGGUACGCUACAAGAGUAA